AUGUCCUCUGAGCAGACCAUAGAGUCUGGUAUAGAGGUUACAGCUGUGUUUGUUACCGGGGGCGACGAGUCCGGUGUGCACGCGAUUUCCGGCACCAUGGACGCACCAAAACUGCUGGUGACGCUAUCGGCCACGGAUAUUGCGCUAGAGCCGAAACGGCACUUAGAGUACCUCUUUAUGCGUUGGUUGUUUCUCCCGGAAACGCUCGCUUGGUUGGAGCAGGUCCUGGGGAAACUGGACGUCACGGGAAGGGUGACCGACGAAGAUCUUGUGACUGCUGGUUCACCGAAGCCUACCAUGCUCCGCCAGGAACGACUUUCGAGCCCGACAGCUUCGUGUAAUGCUGCAUCGCACGGGGCAACCGCAAAGCGUCCGACGAAUGCCGAUACCAUUACGCCAAACUCCCCGGCCGGAGCGGCGCGCAGCGCCUUCUAUCGCAUCUUGAGCCAAACUCCGGGCUCGCCCGCUGGUGGCGAAGCACGCGUUGCAAGGCAAGGCCGUUCACGGAGUAGCUCCACAGAGGAAGCUUCUUUGACGUCGAGCCCACAGUCGCCAGUAUCACAUUUCAUCAGAAAGUAUGAGGUUUUUAGGAUCUGGUCCGAAGUUGAGGAUAGCGAUGCGGCGAUGGCACAUGGUCAAUCCGAUACCGAGGAGCGUUGCCAUGAGAUCGCAUCAUAUAUGGACUCGGGAGUAGGCCACGAUGGCUCUUCGACUGAGAAUGGAGCAUCGUUCUCGCCACCAUUACCUGCAUGUGAGGAGACAGCACACCAGCGAAAUGCGCUCCAUUCAGGAGGUCUGAACAAGCGUUCAGCGGUGAAUGCGCUCUUUGUACCAUCAGAGUGCGCAUUCGCAAAGGCGGAGACGAUCCCGCGCUUCUACUAUCCAGAUGGGCGCGCGCACGAACACGUCAUCCGGGCUGCAGAAGAACAACAGGCCAUACAGGCCGCUUUUGAUUGCCAAGACGGAGCACUGAGCCAGCGCGAGGUCGUUGAACUCAUUAUGGACAUUGUCGGGUUGCCGAGCUUUGUCUCGCUGGUCAUUUUCGAGCGCUUGCUCCAACGCCAACAGCACUUCGAAACGUCCAACGUAGCUUCGGAGGUAGAAGGUACGAACAAGAAGGGCGCAAAGGAGAUCAGCAUCCCGGGGGCAACGGGUGAGCGUAUCCAUCAGUCCAUAUUCUUGCAAUGGUAUGUUGAGGACUGUGCCGGCUACGAUCGACACGCUCGCCUCUUCCACGCACUCCAACGCUCCCGUGACUAUCACGCAUCGGUUCCGAACGAGGAGCGUACGGAGAGCGACGCUCACAGCGUAUCCUCACCAAGAAGCAGCAUCUCGCCCAGGUCUGCAGCAGCUUCAUGGACAUCGAAUCGGCGGAAUCUCGACGGGCAACGGGAUCGAGCCGACCGACAAGCACAUGAGCGCCGAUACCUUGUUGGUUCCGACUUUCGACCCUUCAUUGAUGCGCUGCUGGCGACGCAUCCCGGCUUACAGUUUCUGCAGUCCACCCCAGAGUUCCAGCAUCGCUACGCUGAGACAGUCAUCGAACGGAUAUUCUACUAUCUGAACCGGCCGAAUGGGCAGGCGUAUCUGUCGGAUAUCCGCCGACAUCGUCUCUUGGACAUUUUUCGAAGCGUCGACGAACAAGAGGACAUCAACCAGGAGCGUAGUUGUUUCAGCUACGAGCAUUUCUACGUGAUUUACUGUCGAUUCUGGGAAUUGGACACAGAUCAUGAUCUCAUGAUCGACCGCGAGGAUCUGCUGCGCUACAACGGGCACGCCCUGACCUACCGGAUCAUUGACUGUAUCUUUAGUGGACGAGGAAGGCCUCUCGACUGCGCACGCCCAGGCUACAUGAGCUAUACGGAUUUCAUCUGGUUUAUCCUCAGCGAGGAAGACAAGAAUUCAGAGACGGCCUUGGAUUAUUGGUUUCGCUGCAUUGAUGCGGACGGCGAUGGAAAGAUCACCCUGUACGAUGUUGAUUGGCUCUAUUCAGAACAACUGCAUCGAAUGGAGUGUCUGGGGCACGAACCAGUUGCAUUUGAGGAUAUUCUCUGUCAGUUGCUGGACAUGAUCAGCAAGGAUCUUGAUCCACCGGUGAUCACGCGUUCAGCUUUACGAUCCAGUCGCAUGCAGAGCCAUUUCUUCAAUAUCCUGUUCAACUUGAACAAGUUCAUCGCGAUCGAAAGUCGAGAUCCAUCACUCUUGAGACAGGAGCGGGCAGUCCCCGACCUAACGGACUGGGAUCGCUUCGCAGCACUCGAAUAUCUGCGUCUCUCGGCGGAGGACGACGAAGCCAACAUGGAUGCGUGGAGCGCCUCCGACUUGGAAGGCAUGUACGCCGUCUCGUCCCUAUCGGGUGCAGAAUCUCCAUUUUGA